AUGCAAGUGAUUGCUCUUACCGGCAACAAUCUUACUGGAAUGCUUCCAAAAACGAUAUGUGAUCAUCUUCCAGACUUGGAAGGACUUUACCUCGGUAGAAACUCUCUAGAUGGAGUUAUUCCACCGAACCUGGAAAAAUGCAGAAAGCUUCAAAUAUUGGAAUUGUCUGAAAAUGAGUUUGCUGGAACUGUACCAAGAGAACUAGCCAACUUAACAACUCUUACAGAAUUAGCAAUGUCAGCUCUGCAUUUGGAAGGAGUGAUACCAAUGGAGCUAGCUAAUCUUAAGAAUCUUCAGGGGUUGGGAUUAGCUAGAAAUGAAUUUACUGGUUCUGUCCCUGAAAGCAUUUUCAACAUAUCAGCACUGCAGACUAUAGAUUUUGGACAGAACAAGUUUUCAGGUACUCUACCUUCAGAUUUAGGUCGUGGAAUACCCAACAUUGAAGUAUUCCUUUGUGGAGGAAAUAAUUUGAGUGGUUUUAUCUCUGCUUCAAUCUCUAAUUCAUCGAAACUUAAACUACUUGACCUCUCCAACAACAGUUUUACAGGUCUCAUUCCUAAAUCACUUGGUAACUUACAAUACCUUGAGUAUCUGAACUUGGGGAUCAAUAAUUUUAUCAGUGAUCCAUCAUUGAGUUUCCUGACAUCAUUAACAAACUGUAGGAAACUACGCGUACUGGAGUUAGGUGAUAGUCCGUUGGAUGGUGUAUUGCCUGCAUCUGUUGGUAAUUUCUCAAACUCCUUGCAAAAUUUUGAAGCAUAUAGUUGUAAACUGAAGGGUGUCAUUCCUCGAGAAAUUGGUAAUCUUACUGGACUGACAAGGAUGAGUCUGUUUAACAAUACAUUAACUGGACAUAUUCCAAAUACUGUACAUGGCAUGUCGAUCCUUCAAGAACUUUACUUAUUGAACAACAAGAUAGAAGGAACCAUACCAGAUGUUGUCUGUAAUUUAAAGAGACUUGGUGCAUUACUCUUGUCAAAAAAUCAUUUUUCUGGUUCGGUACCCUUCUGCUUAGGGAACAUUACUAGUUUGAGGAUACUUCAUCUAUAUAACAACAAGCUGGAUUCUACAUUACCUUCAAACUUGGGGAACCUUCAAGAUCUCAUAGAAUUAGAUGUUUCAUUCAAUUUAUUUAGUGGGGAAAUUCCAAUGGAGAGUGGAAACUUGAAGGCUGCAACACACAUUGAUUUGUCAAAUAAUUGUUUUUCUGGUAAGAUGCCUAGUACUCUAGGGGGUCUAGAUAAAUUGAUUCAUCUUUCUCUAACACAUAAUAGAUUAGAGGGGCCUAUUCCUGAAUCAUUUGGCAAAAUGUUGUCUUUGGAAUACUUGGAUUUGUCCUAUAAUAAUAUUAGUGGUCAAAUUCCAAAGUCAUUAGAAGCUCUUGUGUAUCUCAAAUACCUAAAUUUCUCUUUCAAUGAACUCAGUGGAGAAAUUCCCACUGGUGGUCCCUUUGCAAAUGUAACCAGUAAGUCUUUCUUGUCCGAUGAUGCACUUUGUGGUGACUCCCGAUUUAACGUAAAACCAUGCCUAACCAAAUCGACAAAGAAGUCCAAAAGAAAACGAGUGCUUACGGCUUUAUAUAUUCUAUUAGGGAUUGGAUCACUCUUCACGUUGACUGUUGGAAUUGUGGUGUUAAGAUUGAGAAACACAAAGAAGAAUGCUACUCAAAAGGAUGUGUCCCUCGUAAAAGGGCAUGAAAGAAUUUCAUAUUACGAACUUGAACAGGCAACUGAAGGGUUCAACGAAGCCAACUUGCUUGGUAAUGGGAGUUUCAGCAGGGUUUAUAAAGGGAUACUUAAGGAUGGUAUCAUUUUUGCAGCAAAGGUAUUCAAUGUGCAAUUGGAGGGUGCAUUCAAAAGCUUUGACACAGAAUGUGAGGUACUCCGGAACCUUCGCCACAGAAAUCUGACCAAAGUCAUCACCAGCUGCUCCAAUCUUUAUUUCAAGGCCCUAGUGUUGGAAUACAUGCCCAAUGGGACACUUGAUAAAUGGUUAUACUCUCACAAUUUGUUCUUGAACUUAUUGCAGAGAUUGGAUAUAAUGAUAGAUGUUGCAUCUGCAAUGGAUUAUCUCCACAAUGGCUAUUCAACGCCUGUGGUGCAUUGUGACUUGAAGCCAAGUAAUGUCUUGUUAGAUGAAGAAAUGGUUGCUCAUGUAAGUGAUUUUGGCAUUGCAAAAAUGUUAGGUGCAGGGGAGGCUUUUGUUCAAACAAGGACAGUUGCAACCAUUGGAUAUAUUGCUCCAGAGUAUGGACAAGAUGGCAUAGUAUCCACGAGUUGUGAUGUUUAUAGUUUUGGCAUCGUGAUGAUGGAGACGUUCACACGAACAAGACCAAGUGAUGAGAUAUUUACUGGAGACUUGAGCAUACAGCGUUGGGUUAAUGAUUCCUUUCCGGGUGAAAUUCACAAGGUGGUGGAUUCGAAUUUGGUACAGCCAGGAGAUGAACAAAUCGCUGCAAAGAUGCAAUGUUUGUUAUCUAUCAUGGAAUUAGCUUUGAAGUGCACUUUAGUGAGACCUGAUGAAAGAAUUAGCAUGAAUGAUGCUCUUUCAGCACUCAAAAAGAUUAGACGACAGCUUGUUAGUAGUCGGCACUAGGUGGAAUCAUUACCAAUCUUCUGUUGUAUGUUAUUUAGUUACCAGUCUGCUCUCUUAUGGAAUUUAGUUUCGCGCUAGGUGUAUUUUGUGUUGGUUGUUGGCUUGAUAUAUGGAAGUUGAGAAUGAGAUUUAAAAUGCUCAACACAAGAUUUUCUUUUCGUAUUUACAUAACUUUGAGAAUCCUUCCAAUUAUGUACAUAACAUGACAACUACUUGUGCAACAACUGAUGCCUAGGUUUUGGGAAACUCUUUUUCUCCCACCACAAGUCAGAAAGUUCACCAUGAGGAGGGCAGGUCACUUUCAGGAAGUUGCAGCAACUGAGUAUUUUCAUUAAAAACUUUUAUUUCUUUUAAUUGACUAUUGUGCCUCUUUUAUGGAUAAUAAUAUAAGUUGCUUUUUUCCCCCAUGCGAUGAUUUUUUUGCGAUAACUUUGUGACAUUUUUAUUUUUUUUUAUAUGCAUUUUUCAUAUGUUUGAUCAGUUGAUUUCUAUAUUUUGCAUAAGUAUAUCUGAUGUUUUAUAAUCUAAUGUAAUUUUUCAUCAGUUAUAUUUAAGAAUACCGCGCAUAGCGCUGACAAUUUCACUAGUUCAUUAAUAAUUUAAAAUUGUGCAAGAGCCUUUAAAAAUGUCAAGUAAAAAUUCAAGAAUCCUUUCUUGUCUUUUUAUAGCUAUUUAUUUCAAUAUGCAUUCUUUGAACCUUUUCUUUCAUUAGUCUACAUUUAAUUAUUCAAUGCAACUCUCUUCCUAUUCUCCAAACUAUUUAUUUCUCCUAAUUAAUUAGCCUACAUUUAAUUAUUCAACUCCUCCUAUUAUAUGAUA